CCUAUACGUAAUGCUAAUUUAUCAAUUUCUUCUUCUUUUUUUUUAGUUAGGACUUUAUAACCAUUUCAAGUUUGCAAAAGCUCUACAUCUUCUCUCUAAGGCCAUCAUCUUAGUUUUGGUGUCUGCGUGGUUGUUGGUCGACCGUCAAAGUCUAUUUUGUGCUUCCCCUAAAGAGCGAUAUUAAGACUUCAUCAUCAUGAGAGCGUUUCUAGGUCUCCUGCUUCUCUUGGCCUUGACCACGUCUUCAAGUGCAAUUUACUGUCUCUGCAAAGAUGGAAUAGGAGAGAAAGAGCUUCAAACAACAAUAGACUAUGCAUGUGGAAGCUUAGCAGAUUGUAAUCCAAUCCAUGAUAAUGGUUCUUGUUACCAACCAAACACCGUAAAAAACCACUGUGAUUGGGCUGUUAACAGCUACUUUCAGAAAGCAGCUCAAGUCUCUGGAAGCUGUGAUUUCUCCGGAACUGCCACUACCAAUCAAAACCCACCUUCCAAUUUGGUUAGUGGUUGCAUAUAUCCUUCAAGUCCAUCAACGACAUCACCAACGGGAACUACUCCUGCGUUUGGUCCAACCGGAACCGGAGGCUUUUCAGGAAAUGGUGCUUCUAUUUUGGUCAUUUCCCAUGUUUUAACACUCUGUUUCUCAUCACUAGCGUUUCUUUGGGGUUCUGAUGUAAAGUUGGGAUUUGGCCACGUGUAGAGAGACAAAGACAUCCACUUAGAUGGGGUUCGUCUUUGAUUCUCUUUUGGGUGGAGAAAGAAGAUUAGUCUUUUUUUUUUCCUGUUCUUUCAUAUAUAUGUAAAAGUUGGCCUAAUUAUAACAUUGAGUGUAGAAAAUACA